UCACAUUUCUAACUCAAAAACCUUAAAAAAAAACAAACCUCAAAAGUCUCAGUGUUCCCUCGUAUCACAUCACCACCAUGUCUCUGACACAUAGGUUUUGUGUCUCCAUUUUCCUUCUUCUUGUUGUUUUCAUUCUUCCUCUCACAGGAACAGCUGAAGAUUCUUCUCUUCUAGAAGUUCUCCGUAGACAUGGCCUCCCAGCAGGACUCUUCCCUCAAAGUGUGAAAUCAUUCAAAUUGGACCAAAUGGGUCAUUUAGAGGUACAUUUAGAUCGACCCUGUUUGGCUCAAUAUGAAACAACAGUUUUCUUUGACACUGUUGUUAAAGCCAACCUUAGUUUCGGACAGCUUAAGGUUUUGGAGGGUAUGUCUCGUGAAGAGCUUUUUUUGUGGCUACCUGUUAAAGAUAUCAUUGUUACUGAUCCAUCUUCUGGACUUAUUCUCAUUGAUAUUGGUUUUGCUUAUAAACGUCUCUCUUUCUCUCGUUUUGAUGAACCCCCAAUUUGUAGAUCUCAUCGUGGUCUUUCAUUUCGUAUGGUUGGAAGGAAGAAUAUUGGAUUUAAAGAUCAGAGAUAGCAGGUUGUAUCAAAAGAUAACUUCUGCUUCUCCCAUUUUUAAUUUUGGGGAUUUUUAGGAAAAAUUGAAUUAUGUAGAGUAAUAUACAACUCAUAAGAAAUAUAAUGCUAUCCAAUAAUUGCAACAAAUCACAUGAUAAUCAAUUUUAUAGACCUUCAAGAGAAGAAUUUAUAUCUUACUAUUAAUUAAGAAGGACUUCAAUUU